UAUGGAUGAAUUAAUCGAUUGUAGAGCGGAGCAUCCAAUUGCUUGCGGAUUUGAUAAAGAUGGGGAAAGUCAAACAAAAUUUAUUGAUUGCGAAACCUCUGGAUUUGAUUGUACUGAGGAUGGUGAUUUUACAGGUGAAUGGACGAAAUGGAAAAAUUUUGUAAAAAGACUAAGAAAAGUAGAAAUUCUCGCUUCAAAUGUCCUGGUAAAAUUGAUAACGAAUUGCUUGUGCAAUAAUAGUCGUACGGCUAAAAGAGAACCGCAAUUAAAUAUACAUUGGGGUGCGUGGCUUAAAUUUGAGUCUGGUUCAAAGUGGCAUUGUCCAACUGAAUGCUAUUCGAAAAAGGUUAUGGCUUAUAGGAAGCGAAUGUGCAUUAGAAACGAACCAAAGGAUAAAUAUACAUGUGAAGGAGUUCUAAAAGAGGAUACAAGAUUAAGGCAAGAACGAUGGAUUAGCUCUGAUCCAUUUACGGAUAGACUAAUGGCUCAAUUUAGAAGUUGUAUGCAAGAGGUAAACGUCGAGGGUAAACUACAAAACUUACCCAGAUGCCGAAAGGAAUGGACAGUUUGGACGGCGUGGACAGCUUGUCCUAAAAAUAUAAACGACAAUUGUAAAACUAUAAUAUCUUGGCAAUCCAUUCAAAGUGUUAGAAUUAGAAAAUGUAUAGGUUUUGGUAGAUAUUGUUUGCCAAAACUUAAGAAAACAAUAAAAUUAUUAUGGAAUGAUACUGUAAAACAAUUACUUAAAGUUGAGCAAACAUUUCCAAUUAUGGAUGUGGAGAAGGUGAAUUGUUAUAAGUUAAUGAUUGGAAAAAACUUAAAACACAUCAAAAAUCAAAUAGAUAGAUGCAAUUUAAAUAAAGUCAAUGGUAAAUGGGGUUCAUGGAGUAUGUGGAGUAGGGACUGUGACGUCACAUGUGGUUGGGGGCGACGAAGUAGGAUUAGAUAUUGUAAUAAUCCACCUCCAAUAGCUGGUGGGAAAGAAUGUAUUGGUAGAUCGAAUGAGGUUCGGUGGUGUAAGGCAAACUUAUUAUGUCCUAUAAACGGUGGUUGGACAGAAUGGACUCUUCUCGAAUGUAAUGCGACUUGUUCGCCUGGUGGUGUAUUGUCAAAGAGAAGAUGGUGUUCAAAUCCACCUCCAAUGUUCGGUGGUUUUGUCUGUUCAGGGUCGGCUUUCGUUACAGGAAUAGCUUGCAAUGAGAAUGUUGAUUGUGAAAAAGCAUUAAUGCCAAAAUUAAGCGACGCACUUGAGAAUGAAAUUCAGAAGAAUAUUAAUCAGACAUUCAAUAAUAUUGAAAAGAUAGUCUUAAAGAGACAUCUAUUAAAUUGUAAUAUUUUAGCUACAAAGAUGUUCCGAAAUGAGAUACCAUCGGUAAAAAUUUAUUGGACAUUUAAUGGUCAUUCGUUGGGUUUAUCAGCCUAUACGUCUCUUGAGGGAGAUUCAAUAUUUUUGACGAAAUUAUACCCAUUCAAUUCUGGUGUUUAUACAUGCGAAGCUGAAUAUUGGAGAAGCAAAGACCAAUUCCAAUAG